GUUCGCUGUUUUAUUAGAAAGAGUUACGUGGGUUAAACUAACAGUUUUUUAUCCGGACUCAAUCUGGCAACCCUGAUGCAGCGGCGCGCGCCUGCGAUGCUAUUAGGUCCGCGCGCGCGUUAGAUUUAAAUAGUCGCUGUUAAUCCUGGCUGUGGAAGCACGCGCUCAUCCUCUACCGCUGCCUCUCAAACCUGGAGUUUUUAUUUCUCUACAAGGCCUAAACUACAAUCUGGGGGAUGUGUGUCCGAGCCACAGGACGGUCAUUGUACCGCGUGUGGACAGGGUGUUUAAUUUAAGCCGCUUUCUCGCUCAUUAUGCCUGACUUGAAAUAUUUAAACGAGGGGAAAUCUGUCGAGCGAAGUGCACGCGCGCAAUAAAAAGUUACCUGUACUGGAACAAGAUCUUGUCGUUUAUCCGGAACUUUGGGAGCUUGUUUGUCUUUUUUAAUUUCUCUCUCUCUCUCUCUCUCUCUCUUUGGAAGACAAGUUCGAAGGAUGUUUUUUUGCUACACGACGAACACGAGCACCAUCCUCCUCCUCCUCCUCCUGAGUGUUGGUUGGUGUGAGAAGUUGCCUCAUAAAUUGGUGAAAUCCACACCAGUACAGCUGGAAAAGAGCUAUGGGAAGCUCUACAAACACAAUCAGUGUCAUUACCUGCUUAAACACCUUCAAGAUGGAGAGCAGAUCAGUGUGCAUAUGCCUCCUGAUAUUGCUGGACACUGGGUGUCUGAAAGCUGUGAGGUGAGACCCGGACCCGAAUUCCUCACUCGAUCCUACCACUUCUUCUCAAACCACACCUUUCAGGCCCUUCAGUUCUAUUACAGGGACAACCACUGCACAAAGCCAGGCUACACUCUCCUCAUCGAAGGCAGUCUGCACCCCCGUCAGGCAUCAUGGCUUAUCCGUGGAGGCACGGAGUCGGACUACCAGCUGAGUCGAGUGCUACUGGUAAGCCACAGCCUGCCAGUGGCCAAAGAUCUCCAGGUGAAACUAGAGAUGACUUGUGGUCUGACAGAGCACCUGGAGCCGGAGCUCAGCUAUGAGUUGUGGGUAGAGGGCUCUGAUCGUGACUGCACCCACGGGUUAGACUUCAGCAUGCAGGAGCUGCAGCUGCUACGCAUGGAGAGGCGCUUUCGGCCCGACGAGCCUGACAGACAAGCGGAGGAGUUGUUUGUGGGGGACGUGCACACAGAGCACACUCAGAGGCGAAACCACAGGCCCAUGAGCUACCAGCCCCCCCUACAGAACGUCAAGACUUAUGAUAAUAGCUGUGUAGUGUGUCAGAUCAUCUCUGUAGCAGAUUUUCAUCAUCCACCAGUUCUGCCAUCUCAGACUGAUCACCCCCCGCAUCUCUAUGGUAACUGGGUCAGUAAGCGCUGUGAGGUGCGCCCAGGGGUGCUCUUCCUCACCCGUCAUUUUGUAUUCCACAAGGAGAGCAACAUUUGGGAGGGCCACUAUUACCACUACUCCGACCCAGUCUGCAGGCAUCCCACAUUCAGCAUCUAUGCUAAAGGACACUACAGCCCGGGCAUUCCCUCCACUACAGUCAUGGGAGGCACUGAAUACACUUUCACAGUGAUCCAGAUGAAGGUCACUCCCAUGGACUUGGCCACUACCUCUCUCCUGAAUGUCUUCAGUGGGGACGAAUGUGGAAAACAGGGCUCCUGGAAGCAAGGGGUCCAACAAGACGUGACCCCAACGUCAGGCUGUGCUGCCCUGGGCAUCCGUCUGCCUCACACUGAAUACGAGCUCUUCUACAUGGGACGAGAUUCGGCUGGACACCGCCUCCUCUUCAACGGACAGAGACCUACCAACGGCUCAAGCCCUGACCGGCCUCACAAGCGCGCCACAUCCUACCAGCCACCGCUGAUCCACUGCAGCGCCGGACAGAAAGGCAUCGGAAAGGAGGGAGACCAUCACUUCAGGCUUGGGAAUGGAUGCGACACACAGCCCCAGUACCUGGUAUAUGCCUUCAUUCUGUUCACACUUGUCUUUUCUGUCAUAUAGGAUCAUACGAGCAAGCGUUUACGUAAUGAUGUGCGUGCUCCCUUUCUGCUUAUCACAGGAAAAUAAAAACAACCGUAGUGUGGAGAAACUGUCCUACAUACAGAUCCCAACCUCUUUAGAUCAUGGGACUAAUUCAUUGUGUUAACUAGUUGUCGAGUCUGUUGUGGAACUGCUUCAGCGACCUUUGUUUUUAAAUGUUGUUGAAAGAAAGUUUGUGGUGUUUACCACCAUCUUCUAAGUGGACUGUACAUUUUAAAAUAGAUCAUCAUCAUCAUCUAAUAUUUAUGAAGUUGGUCAAGAGGAAAGCAUGUACGUUAAUUACACAGUAAUAAUAAAAGUUUGUCAGACAUUUGUC